UAUUUUAUCAAAAAUUUUGCUCUGUAAUAUUUAACUUGGCGAUAUACACGGUGUUAGUUUAGUUUAAACAUUAUUGGUAUACAUAAAAUACACUGGCGUCGUAAAAUCAAAUAAACAGUUAAUUGCAUAAAUCUAAACCUGUAUUUCGUAAUUAGACCUACCGUAAACACACACAAAACUAGGAUAACAAAACGAAUUGAAUAAAACUGAAUUGUAUUGAACAAAUAUAAAUAUCAAAGCAAUAAGGAAAACAAAAUAUUUUUGCCGGGUGAAAAUCCUUCUCUGUUUGCCAAACGCAGAGACGGCGGCGCACCGCCCAGAACGUCUGCGUAAAGAACUACAACUCCCAGAGCGCACCGCUUCGAAGUUGUGUAAGUUAUUCAGUUUAGACGCUGGAAACACUUCCUCUGAGGCGGAGAGCCACGGGCGGCCGAGUAAGUGAAAACAAAACAAAACAAACACACAAAAAAAAAACAAGGGAAAAAAAACAAAACAACAAGGGGAUCGGACCAAAGAGCGAAAAAAAUAGAAUAAUAAAUACAAUCGGGAUUGGACUAACGACUUAGACUUGAAAAGGGUGAAUUGAAAACGUCAGAAAAAAAUGUCCUCUGCCGGACAAGCGAGUUCCAGAAGGCAAUGGUGCUACCUGUGUGAUUUACCCAAGAUGCCCUGGGCUAUGAUAUGGGACUUCAGCGAGGCCGUGUGCCGUGGUUGCGUCAAUUACGAAGGUAUUGACAGGAUUGAGCUUCUCAUCGAAACAGCCAGGCAGUUAAAACGUACUCACGUUAUGCAGGACGGGAGGUCUCCGGGUCCCCAGGCCGGAAAGCACGGCCCAGGCGGCAAAGAGGGCUCCCUGGAAGGAGGGAGGCAAUCCGUGGACAGGUAUGAGAGAGGGAGAGGGGAAUAUGGGGUCUCCCAGAGGCUGCCCAAUGGGCUGCCCAGGCCUGAAGAUGGGGGGCCCCCAGAAGCAAACAGACAGAGCCCCAAUCCUAGAAGGGGCAUUGUUGGGGCCGUGCCACCCAGUCUGGUGGCACAGGGGCUGCUGGCAGCGGUCCCGGGUUUGAAUACCAGGGGCGGGGGCACCUCCUUGACCAUCACCGGCCCGAUGUUGGGCGAAAUGGGCAAGCGGGGGGCCCAGGUGGCGGUGGGGGGGCUGGGCCCAUUCGCGGGCGACUAUGAGAAGGAGCUGAAGGAGAAGCAGAGGAGCGUGGAGGCCCUGGCGGAGCUGUCGGAGAGCGUGCGCAGCCGGGGCGAGGAGUGGGCCGGCCGGCCCAAGCAGGUGCGCGAGACCCUGCUGGCCCUGUCCAGCUGUGCCCCCUUCAACGUGCGCUUCAAGAAGGACCACGCCGUGGCGGGGCGCGUCUUCGCCUUCGACACCAAGCCCGGCCUGGAUUUGGAGCUCAAGGUCUUCACCGAGUACCCCUGCGGUUCCGGUAACGUCUUCUCCAGCCUCCUGGGUCUGGCCAAGCAGAUGUUCCACGACUGCAUGAAAGACGCCGGCAAGGCCAUCAGCUCCGGGUUCAAGUACGUGGAGUACGAGAAGAGGCACGGUACCGGCGACUGGCGGCUUCUUUCCGAGUUCCUGGCUGAGCCGGUCCGAGCUUUCAAAGAACCCCCGGCCCACGAACUCUUCCCCCAGCCCUAUCUGGACCCCAGCUGCCCCAUGCUGCCAACCGCCUUGUGCGGGCUGGGCCGGAACAUGCCUCCCAGAGGAGGUGUGCGCCGCCGAAAAGCUUCCCCGGAAUCGGAGAGCGGGGACGCGGGGAGGAUGGGAGAGGAGCACAGGCAGCACUGGCUUCCCGUUUCCUCGGGGGGCGUGUACGCAGGCGUGCCCCACUUGCUGACCUCCGCAGCUGGCCAGCCCCAAGACGGGGAGCCCUCGCCCAUCACGGCUCUCAUGAGUGUGGCCGACAGCCUGGGCGCGGGGCAGUCCCCGAAAGACGCCACCUCUUCUGCGGCCGCCUCCUCCGCCAACAGCAGCAGCCUGGUCCAUUCCUCCCCGGCCGGGCAGCAUCGGAGACUGGCCGGCUCUAGAAACGGAGACCAGCAGCAGCAGCAGCAGCAGCAGGUUCAAGGACCUUCCAGUAACAGCAGCAACAGCAGCAGCUCCCUCCCUGGAGCGUCCGGCAGCGAGCAGAGCACAGGAGUGGAAGCAUCAGGGGCCAGCAGCGUCCCGCUCUGCUGCACCAUCUGCCACGAGAGACUGGAAGACACCCACUUUGUCCAGUGUCCCUCCGUGGCCAACCACAAGUUCUGCUUCCCCUGCACCCGGGAUUUCAUCAGGGCGCAGGGGGCGAGUGGUGAGGUUUACUGCCCCAGUGGGGAGAAGUGCCCCCUGGUGGGCUCUAACGUGCCCUGGGCUUUCAUGCAGGGGGAGAUCGCCACCAUCUUAGCAGGAGAUGUCAAGGUAAAGAAGGAGCGUGACCCCUGAACGACCCCUGGAAGAAAUAUAUUUGUGUUGCUUUAUUUGUAUUUCUGUAAUUUCAUUAAGGGGGUGGGUGGUGGUGUAGGCAAACAGGUCUUUGUAUUUGAAACCGUCUGACUGUCUUUUUAUAUAUAUUUGUUAUAUUUCUUGUAGACAGUUUAGACUGCGGCUGGUUUUAUUUUUUGUCGUUUUGAAGCAAAAAAAAAAAAAAACUGGACUAUUUCACUUUGACAGACUUUGUUGUAGUUUUUAAAUAUAUAUAUAUAAUUAUUAUUUUUUUUUUUAAUCAAAGUUCAUUCAAUGCAACCUCGAUUUUUUCCCCCAGUGGCUCCUGUAAUAUUUCAUUUAUACACGUCCUGUAUCCCCGAAUAGCUAUCCCAUGUAACAUAGCUGGAUGGUUCAGUUUGACGGUUUCUCAGUUUAGGGGUUUGGGGUGAGAUUUCGAGGUGGGUGGAAAGGGAAUAUGGUGACAGGUCGUGGUUGGUAUUCCCCCCCAGGAAUGUGGACUGACAGUGACUUUAAUGUAGGUCAUUUGUGAUUUAUCUGUAGAUCUGUAUGUAUGAGCUUUUUCAAUACAGCGUGGCUAUUUGUGUAUCAUUACCCACCCUUAUCCUUGAGUCAAUAUAUAAGCGACCAAAAAGGGGAAGACUGUCACAAGGUGGCCCCUGUGUGCCUUCCUGUUCAUAACUGAUUGAAUCUGCAGCAGAGUUGCAGAUAAAUGGACUGUUUUAUUAUCAUGCUUCUGGCUUCAUGUAUAAACAGCAGCAGGUUCUUCAUGCAGUCGCUUCUACUGAAAUGCAUCUAUCAAAGUAUUCUAGUGUGCCCGGGUGUUAAAAUCAAUUGACCAUUUCAUCGGCCCUUUUCACUGCUUCCCUCGUCUAAUCCAGCUGCUCGUUUGUAAUGUGUUCUUCGGUGUUUGAAGGUACAAACCUCUCCAUGGCAGAGUGCUCUUCUGUGCUGGUGCGCUGGUGUUACAGUCCCCCGGAUGCUUUGUGUGCUGGACAAAGUGUUCCUAGCUGUCCUACAGUAAAGAAUUUACUGCAAAAUUAUAAGGGCCCAGUAAAAUAAAAAAAAUCAGGGGGGAGGGGAGAGGUUGGGGCACCAGUAUGUGCGGACCAACAUGGCGUGUUAUCACUAUUUUUUUGUAAAUUACUGCCAUGUAAACUGUAGUUCACCCAUAGAAAUGUGUAUAAACCGCAGUUACAUUAUGAUUUAAAAUCACCAAACCACCAGGAAGGGAACAGCAGUUAACCCACAGACUGUAAUUAAACUUACAAGCUGUAAUUAGACGUGUUUAAUCGCGAGAUUUAAACAUCACCCUGUUUGCCUGGUAAAGGUGCCUUCGUGUCGACCUUUUCAAGACCUCUGUGAUGUUGAAUUGAAAUGAUUGAACCCAGUCCAGGUGCUGCCGUGAAUUGUGCAACGUUUAUAUUCGGGCGGUCGCAUAGGGCGGCCGUAUGAUCCCAUGUUCAGGAAGACGGCUAUUUCAGGUGUUUUAACUAGCAGCGCAGUGCAUUCUGGGAAUUCUAGUCCGUCCUGUGCUUACUAAAAAGAGGCAUUCUCAAUGAACAAUCACAGUGGCCUAUUGAAGCUGUUUAGAUGCUAGUUUGUUCCUAGGCUGGUUUCACAGUGCCCGAUUACCACCAGUGAUGGUUCCUGGGAAGAAUGCCUUGUUGUUUUUUAAUAACGGUAGAGGGUAUGUGACUGUGUUUUUGACAAUAUUCUAAAUGGGGAUUGCGUUAGUUUGAUAGCUGUGGUUCAAGUGAAAUUGCUCUGUUUUUUUUAAGCUGUCAGGCUGUCCUGUAUUUUAUUCUCUUAUGAUGCUUGUUUAGUAUAAAAAAACAAACAAAAAAAAAAACAUUUUGUAAAGACCAAAAAAAAAAAAAAAUAUCACUUUGUAAUAAAG